GCGCGCGUGGAGGCUGAGGGGCUGAUGGCCGCCAUCGGCGUUCACCUGGGCGCUACCUGUGCCUGCGCUGCCGUCUAUAAGGAUGGUCGCGCCGAUGUGGUCGCCAACGACGCCGGGGACAGGGUCACUCCUGCGGUGGUGGCCUUCUCGGAGAGCGAGGAGGUUGUUGGCUUAGCUGCAAAGCAAAGCAGGAUAAGAAACAUUGCAAACACCGUAGUGAAAGUAAAGCAGAUCCUCGGGCGAAGCUCUGGUGACCCACAGGCAGAGAAAUAUAUUGCAGAAAGCAAAUGUUCUAUAAUUGAGAAGAAUGGAAAACUUCAAUAUGAAAUCGAUAAUAAGCUUAUUAACCCAGAAGACGUCGCAAAACUAAUUUUCAGUAAAAUGAAAGAAACUGCUCAGUCUGCAUUGGGUUCAGAUGUAAAUGACGUUGUUAUCACUGUACCAUUUGAUUUUGGAGAGAAUCAGAAAAAUGCCCUUGGGGAAGCAGCUGCAGCUGCUGGAUUUAAUGUUAUGAGAUUAAUUCAUGAACCGUCUGCCGCUCUCCUGGCUUAUGGAAUUGGCCAAGAUUCACCCACUGGGAAAAGCAAUGUGUUGGUUUAUAAACUUGGUGGAACAUCGCUUUCUAUCACGGUCAUAGAAGUAAACAGUGGAAUAUAUCGUGUGCUUGCUACAAACACAGAUGAUAGCAUUGGCGGCGUUUGCUUCACAGAAGCUCUGGCACAACACUUAGCUUCUGAAUUUCAGAGGUCUUGUAAACAUGAUAUUAGAGGAAAUCCCAGAGCCAUGAUGAAGUUAAUGAACAGUGCUGAUAUUGCAAAGCACUCGUUAUCAACCCUGGGAAGUGCAAACUGUUUUGUAGAUUCACUGUAUGAUGGAUUGGAUUUUGAUUGUAAUGUGUCCAGGGCCAGAUUUGAACUUAUCUGUUCUUCACUCUUUAGUAAAUGUGUAGAAGCAAUUAAAAAGCUCUUGCAGCAAGUUGGAUUUACAGCAGAUGAUAUUAAUAAGGUAGUUCUGUGUGGUGGGUCUGCUCGAAUCCCAAAGCUACAGCAGCUGAUCAAAGACAUUUUCCCAACUGUGGAAUUGCUGAAUUCGAUUCCUCCAGAUGAAGUUAUUCCCAUUGGUGCAGCCAUAGAGGCAGGAAUUCUGCUAGGGAAAGAGAAUCCUUUGUUGGAAGAAGAAGCACUCUUUAUUGAGUGUUCUGCCAAAGAUAUUCUUCUGAAGGGAGUAGACGAGUCAGGGGCUGACAAAUUCACGGUGCUAUUUCCAUCAGGGACGCCGCUGCCGGCUCGAAGGCAGCACACCCUGCACGCUCCUGGAAACACCUCUUCUGUCUGCCUUGAGCUGUACGAGUCACUGGGGGAAAGUCCCGUGAAUGAAGGAGGGAAAUUUGCACAGAUUGUACUCCAGGAUUUAGAUAAGAAAGAGGAUGGCCUACAUGACAUACUAACUGUUCUCACUAUGAAAAGGUACCUGAAAUAUUUGUUGUUCUGCUGUUUAACUUGCUGUGUCACACUCGCGACAAGCAGCCUGUUCCUUAGUUACAUUCUCUUGAAUGUUUAGUUUUGUGUUGAGAAAUUCCAGCAAUUUCAUUGCUUCCAGGGCUGUGUCCUAGCAGGGGUAAACUCUGUAGGUUUUAUACAGUACUUUCUGUGCUUUCAUUGUUUGAUUCCUAAAGAAAUAAAGCUUCAGAGUUGUAUAAAUAAUUUUGUAGCAACUUUUGAACUGUUGAUCAGUUUACCAGUGCUUGAGAGCAGUCAGAAUCUCAAACUUC